AUGGACUUAGUUGGAACCAUACCUCUACAGUUGGGGAAUCUCUCCUUCUUAGUCUGGCUGGAUCUUGAAAACAAUAGCUUCCAUGGAAAUCUUCCAACUCAGAUGGUUCAUUUGCGUCGACUCAAGCACAUUAACUUGGCAUUCAAUAGCUUUGAUGGCGGAUUUCCAUCAUGGUUGGGAGAUUUAUCUCAACUUCGUUACCUUUCGGUCCUUGGAAACAGAAUUUCUGGUUCAUUGCCACCAACGUUCUCUAAUGUAACAAUGUUAGAGACUAUCAGGUUAGGUCGGAACCUCAUAACUGGAAAUCUGCCUCAAGACUGGAGUGCUUUACAGAACUUGGAGGUCCUUGACAUAGGACGUAACAAACUUGAAGGCCCUUUGCCUGUGUCUUUAUUUAACCUCUCGUCAUUGCAGCACUUUAGUUUUUCGAAUAAUACCUUAUCCGGUUACCUUCCGGCACGUAUCUGCGAUCAUCUGCCACAACUCCAAGGGAUUUAUCUGUCAAUUAAUGAGUUUAACGGCGAAGUUCCGGCUGGUAUUGGAGGUUGUCCGAGGCUUCAAAUCUUGUCCUUGUCAUACAAUAAUCUGGCAGGAAAUAUACCAAAAGAAAUUUGGAAUCUAACCACGCUUAGGGUGCUAGCUCUAGGUGCAAACCGUAUUCAAGGUCAAAUUCCAGCAGAUAUUGGAAAUCUUACUAAUUUGGAACAGCUAGGCAUAGAGUACGCUAAUCUGACAGGUGUUAUACCUCGUGGGAUUGGUAACCUUUACAAAUUGGAGUUACUAUACUUGGGCCAAAAUAAGUUAAGAGAUCCCAUCCCACAUGAGCUAUUCAACAUUUCAACUCUUAGAGAACUUUCCAUACCAACCAAUGAUUUUAGGGGCAUUCUUCCGCCGACUUUAGGUGUUACUUUACCCAAUCUUGAGAUACUUUAUCUUGGGGCAAACAGAUUCACUGGAAUUAUAUUACCAACUCUCUCAAAUGCCUCUAGAUUGAAGUCUCUAGACUUGUCAGAGAAUAAAUUUUUUGGUGAAAUUCCUCAUUCUCUUGGUAGCCUAAGAUUCCUAGAAGUCUUAUCUCUUUCGGCAAACAAUUUUACUCUAUCUGGAGAUAUGACCUUCUUCAGUUCUAUAGGAAAUUGCAGAUAUUUGCGAAAGUUGUUGCUAGAUGAAAAUCCACUGAAUAGCAAUCUUCCAGUGUCUAUUGGAAAUCUUUCCAACUCUCUUGACUCAAUUAAUAUGUUUCAUUGUGGAAUUGGAGGUGAAGUUCCAAGGUCACUAGGCAACUUGAGCAGCAUGGAGAUCCUAAACUUGGCAAGCAAUGGAUACUUAAUUUUGGCAAGAAAUAGGCUGUCUGGCAAAGUGCCUGACUGCUUAGGGAGCAUUUCUUCAUUGAGAUAUCUUUAUUUGAAUUCCAACAAUCUAACGUCUAGUGUACCAACAAGCUUGUGGAGCCUUAAUGACUUGUUGGAGCUUGACUUGUCCAUCAAUUUUCUCAAUGGUUCUUUGUCCUCCCAAAUUGGAGACAUGAAGACACUGAUCAAACUGAAUCUAUCUGUGAACCAGUUUUCUGGUGACAUCCCUAGCACUAUUGGGGCACUACAGGAUUUACAGGAACUCUCCUUAGAGCAUAAUAAUCUACAAGGGUCAAUUCCAGACUCAAUCAAGACAAUGUUGGCUUUGCAGUACUUGGAUCUGUCAUUCAAUAGUUUAGCUGGUGUGAUACCUAACUCUCUGGAGGUACUCUUGGAUCUUCACUAUUUGAAUGUUUCCUACAACAAACUACAAGGACCGGUUCCUCGAGGAGGACCUUUAUGA